AUGGCAACAGUGGUAAACGAUGUAACUGGAGGCUAUCGUUUACCAGAGUGUGGUUUCUAUGGGAUGUACGAGAAGAUCCUGCUGUUCCGUCAUGACCAGAGCUCAGAGAACGUGCUGCAGCUGCUCCGCUCCGCCUCACAGAUCCAGGAGGGAGACCUGGUGGAGGCCGUGCUGUCAGCUUCGGCCACGGUGGAGGACUUCCAGAUCCGUCCUCACUGUCUGUUCGUCCACUCGUACCGAGCGCCCACCUUCUGUGAUCACUGUGGAGAGAUGCUGUGGGGGCUCGUACGCCAGGGACUCAAAUGUGAAGGUUGCGGUCUGAAUUAUCACAAACGCUGUGCCUUUAAGAUCCCCAAUAACUGCAGCGGGGUGAGGAGGCGUCGCCCCUCCAACGUGUCGCUGACGGGGGGGCUCAUCAACCUGGCUCGACCCCUCUCAGCCGAACCCUCGUCCCCCCACUACACAGACGAUGCUUUACUGUCACCAGUCAGCCCCAGCAUGGAGAAGAACCAGUUGGAUUAUUUCCCGGGGCGUGAGCGGCGUUCCAGCUCUCAGUCGUACAUCGGCCGUCCCAUCGAGCUGGAUAAGAUCCUGCUGUCCAAGGUUAAAGUUCCUCACACCUUCCUGAUCCACUCGUACACCCGACCCACCGUCUGCCAGCACUGCAAGAAGCUGCUCAAAGGACUCUUCAGACAAGGCCUGCAGUGUAAAGAUUGUAAAUUUAAUUGUCAUAAACGUUGUGCUCCUAAAGUGCCGAACAACUGCCUGGGAGAGGUUUCCAGGAACGGAGAGCUCCUGAGCCCGGGGGCGGAGUCAGACGUCGUCAUGGUGGAGGGUUGCCUCGACGACCACGACGGCGACCGGGGCGGCGGCCUGCUGGACGACAUGGACGAGGCGCUGACAUCAGAGGGGGGGCUGCUGCUGGAGGCGGGGCCAAGCGACCUCUGUGACCCCCACGACCCCGACCUGGAUGAGUCCAACCGGGCCAUCAGUCCAUCGACCAGUAGCAACAUUCCUCUGAUGCGAGUCGUCCAGUCCGUCAAACACACGAAGAGGAAGAGCAGCAACGUGAUGAAGGAGGGCUGGAUGGUUCACUACACCAGCAAGGACACUCUGAGGAAAAGACAUUACUGGCGGCUGGACAGUAAAUGCAUCACGCUGUUUCAGAACGACACAGGAAGUAAAUACUACAAGGAGAUCCCUCUGUCAGAGAUCUUAUCCCUGGAACCAGCUCAGGCCUUCUCUCUGCUUCCUGAUGGAGCCAAUCCCCACUGCUUUGAGAUCACCACGGCAUCGCUGGUUUACUACGUCGGAGAGAAUCUGCAGAGAGCCGAUUCGUCUGUGACCGGCAGCAGCGUCCUGAUCAGCGGGGUUGGGCAGGAUGUGUCUCGGAUGUGGGAGAUGGCCAUCCAGCACGCUCUGAUGCCGGCAGUCUCUACGGGAAUCUCUCACAGUUCUCACCGCAGCGGACACAAGGAAAUUUCCAUCAGUAUCUCCGUCUCCAACUGCCAGAUCCAGGAGAACGUGGAUAUAAACUCUGUGUAUCAGAUCUUCCCGGACGAGGUUCUCGGCUCGGGACAGUUUGGCAUCGUGUACGGAGGUAAACACAGGAAGUCUGGCCGAGACGUCGCCAUCAAGAUCAUCGAUAAACUCCGCUUCCCCACCAAACAGGAGAGCCAGCUGCGCAACGAGGUGGCCAUCCUGCAGAGCCUGCACCACCCGGGCGUGGUCAACCUGGACUGCAUGUUCGAGACGCCGGAGCGAGUGUUCGUCGUCAUGGAGAAGCUCCACGGAGACAUGCUGGAGAUGAUCCUGUCCAGUGAGAAGGGACGACUGCCUGAGAGGAUCACCAAGUUCCUGGUCACACAGAUCCUCGUGGCUCUGCGUCAUCUUCACUUCAAGAACAUCGUCCACUGUGAUCUGAAACCUGAGAACGUUCUGCUGGCCUCCGCAGAGUCACUUCCACAGGUGAAGCUUUGUGACUUCGGAUUUGCUCGGAUCAUCGGUGAGAAGUCAUUUCGGCGCUCGGUGGUCGGCACGCCGGCGUACCUCGCUCCAGAAGUCCUGAGGAACAAAGGCUACAACCGCUCUCUGGACAUGUGGUCGGUCGGAGUCAUCAUCUACGUCAGCCUCAGCGGGACGUUCCCCUUUAACGAAGAUGAAGACAUCAACGAUCAGAUCCAGAACGCUGCCUUCAUGUACCCUCCACACCCCUGGAAGAAAGUCUCUCAGGAAGCCAUUGACCUGAUUAACAACCUGCUGCAAGUUAAGAUGAGGAAGAGAUACAGUGUUGAUAAAACGCUCAGUCACCCCUGGUUACAGGACUACCAGAUGUGGCUGGAUCUGCGUAACCUGGAGUGUCGGAUGAACGAGCGCUACAUCACCCACGAGAGCGACGACCUGCGCUGGCAUCACCACGCUCAGCUCAGCGGCCUCGACUACCCCUCCUACCUCGGCAACGGUCCCCGCGGCGACGGCGGGCAGGCGAUGGAGCGUUACCGUGACCACGAAGAGGAGUUAGAGACCCUCAGUGAGAGGGUCAGUGAACUUUGA